AUGGCGCUCCUCAACCCGACCUUUCUCCUGGGCCUCAUCGUGCUACUCUACCUUUCGUCCUUUGUCAUCUUCGCCGUGAUUCGAAUCAUCACCGGCGUAUCCAUCCAGCGCAUCGGAUACCUAUCGCUACGCCGCCUCGCAUACACGCCCCGAGACGGCUUCACGGUCGAAAUCCGGGGCCUGGGGCUCAACAUCCACCGCCCCACGUUUGCGCAGCCGACUUGGAUUAGCCUCGUCCUGAGUGAGCUCGUCGUGACAAUCGAUGUUCGAGAGAUUCAGCGACGAAAACAGACAGGGGACAGAGAGGCCGGGAACGAAGCAGCUUGCGAGGAUGAGUCUUCUUUCGAGUCGGCACCGCUGCAUGAGAAGCGAUCCGCACACCCGAAUGCGCAGGCAGCGUCUCGAACCGCCAUCUGGAAACAUAUUGUCAAGUCAAAGCAGAGGGUCCAGCGGCUGCAUCGCAAUAUCAAAUGGCUGCGCAUGGUCGACUUGGUUGCGACAAACUCAACCAUCAGCGUUGUGGACGUGGGUCACGUCCAGGUCGGCAGCUUCACCAUUGCCGUCGACACUAGACGCAAGAUGGUCGACCGUGCCCGCUUCUCCUUUCAGAAAUCGCAAUCGCAGAAACAAGACCACCGCCAGGCCGAGUGGAUCGUCACGUUGCGAAGCCUCUUGUUCACUGCCGACGGCAACGAGUCGCUAGAGGUACUCGAUCACGCGCUGCUCAAUAUACACGGCUUUCUAUACGAAUCCAAAGACGGACUGCGAGAAGCCACCGUCGCCCUAAAGCUGGGCAGAGUCCACAUCCCCUACGACGACAUCCAGCUGUGUGUGGCUAAAUUCAAGCGGUGCCGCGGAGCCCCUGCGACCUCGCCUUCGGACGAGCCCCUGGACAUUGCCAUGAGUCCAACCGUGCCGAAAUCGGACGAGCCUGGCAGCGAGAGCGCGGACUUGAUGAGGACUGUUUCCGACUCGAAGCAAUUCUUCAGCUCCAUCUUGCGGGGCAUCAAAGAGGUUCAAUUCGCCGUCAGCUUUGUCGGCCUCACAAAGAAUGUCACCUCGGUCAAGCCCGCCUCGAGCCCCAUCCUUCUCAACGCCUCGAUGAAGGAAGUUGGCUUCGACCUCCACCGCCUCGACUCCAAGUCGCCGGCCCAUCGCAUGUACUUUUCGUCAAAGGACACUGCCCACGAGGCCCUGGCUGCCGCCCUGUCCAUCUCUCUUGGCAUCGACGACGGGCACGGCAAGCUGGAGAGGCUGGUCUACGUCCCAAUGGCCACCACAACCGUCCGCACCACGUUGCCGUCGAAGACGGUCCAGCUGGCGCAGGAUGGCAUCAUUGAUGAGAAGAACGCAAACAUUCUGUUUGCCAACUCGGUCGUCACCUCACCAUCGGUUGACCUCGAUCCUCGCCACCUACCGCUUCUCAUUGCCCUGAUGCAGCCGGAACCGGCACCCCCCAAGGCGCGGCGCAACAGGCAUUACAGCCUCAUCUCACGACUCUUGCCUAAGGCCAACAUGAAGCUCUCCAUGCAUGAGCCCGUGGUUCGGAUCAAACUCAAGCCCUUGCAGGACACACAAGAUCCGGACGAUUUUGACCUCAUCAUUUCGUCGAUAUCAUCCGUGUCACUAGACGUGGAGUCGUCUCAUUCCUCGGUCGAGGACCUGCACUACUUCCUCGACGGUGCAAUGAGGUUACAGUCUCAUCGCCUCUACUACCAGACCUGCUCCGGAGAAAUCUUCAAUCUCAUCACAACCGAGUCCCUGGACCUCAGAGUCCAUCUGGGGGCCCACCCCGACGUCUGCGUCGAUGUCACCGGCAACAUUCAGUCCUUUUCCAUCAGCAUGGUGAGGCAGGAAAUAUCGGAUGGCCUGCGGCAGAUUGUCCGGCAGCUGCGGACGGACGUCGAGCCUGAAAAGCGCGCCACCUCCAAGACGAUCCACCGCCAAAACUUCCUCCGCUCCAUGCCUGACUGGCUCAUCCGCUAUCACUUCGAGGCAGCAGAUUUCAACGUCGAGGUCGCCGGCGUGGACGAGGACAUCUCGGACGACACGAGGGGUGUUUCUCUGCACCUCGACUCCUUCUCUGCCGAGUACCGAGCACACAAGUUUGAAGGGCCGCAGCGGCAGCCGACGAGGAGGCGGACGCACAGUCGGUCCAUUAACCAGUCUGACUCCGACUUGGCCUCCACUCCGACGUCCCCGAGAUUCAGGAGGAAACCGCAAAACACCGGCGAUGGCCGUCGGCUCGCCCUGCACGCUCGUGGUAUGGAGGCCCAAAUCGUCGAGGCCGCAGACCGCCUCGAGGCCGAGCCGUUUGUCAGUGUCCCGCGCCUGGAACUCGUUUUCUCGGCAUCGAGCGACGGCCAUGGCCCGGUGUUUCACAUGCAGUCGUCGGUUCGGACCGUCAUGAUGCAAUAUUCCCUGUACCGACACUAUGCAAUGGGCGUCGCCGUCAUGACCUUGCGAAGGGCCUUCCUGAGGACGGGCCGAGACGCCCCAAGGCCUCGGCAGCAGAGCUCGUACCUGAGCCCAGACCAAAUUCCUGCCUCGCCAGGCGUGUCCGAUACGAUCAGUGCAUCGACGGUCAAUCCUGAACUCUUCACGGUAGACGUCAAAGCCGCCUUGGUCCAGGUAAAGGCGGAAAUGCCCCACGAGCCGUUGAUGAUGCUCCAUGUCUAUGGCCUAGAAGCAGGUCGCCAUCGAUGGUCCACUCCUUACCUAUCUGCCAAGCUCGUCCGCCUCUACGUCGAGCCCCCGCGCACGCGCAAUGUGUGGGCGAGGAUCGUCAGCGUCAAGAACGGGCGCAUUGAUUGGCGCGAGUCGAGACACAAGCUGGCUCUCGGGGGAUACGCCGAAGAGAAAAUGAUUGACGUUGCCACCGAGGCUAUCCGAGUCGCAAUUCCUCACGAAGUCAUUGUCAAUCGAAUCACGGACAACAUCACUAACGUCAUCAAGGCGGUGCAGCAGCUUCAUCAUCGCUUCAAGACGGGGACCAACGAGUACAUACUGGAAAAGAAGCCCCAGGGUCCCAGGAAGGUGCCCAAAAUAUCCUUUAGGUCCCGAGCCCUUCUCUUGGAGCUAGAGGACGGCGCGUUUGAGUGGAAACUGGGCAUCAUCUAUCGCACCGGCCGCGUGGAGCAGAUGCAGAGGCUAGCCCGCCAAGAGGCUUUCCGGGUCAAGUCAAAGAAGGUACGCGAGGAGGCUGCGGGACGGGGAAGCAAGGUCCGCUCCAAAUCGGCGCGGCCCCGUGGCCGCCCAGACCAGUCAUCCUCGUCGUGGUUCAGAAGUCGAAGCCUGGACAGCUACCAACAAGACGUCCACGGCCUUUCUCGAGGGACCAUGCCGCGAUAUGACCCAGACGGCGAGAGCCUUGGCAUCCACGGGCAUGCAAAGGUGUCGGAAGACGAGGCGCGCGCCCACUUGGAUCUUUUUGACGCCCAGUCGUGGAAGAAGCGGAUCGACCGUGCGUACAAGGCGUCUCAAGCCAGCAUGAGGGAGUUGCGUGGAAUGUUCUGGGGCCUCAGCCAGACGCCCGAAGACGUCGAGGUGACCGAGAACAUCCUCGAGGUGCCCCAGAGGCCUGCUCUCAUGUCCACUAUGAUAUUCGACUUUCACCUCACCAUUGACAAGCCGACUUUUGCCAUGAAGGACCUCCCAGCAUUCAUCCACAAGGUCGGCAAGGGGAUGCCGCUGGACACAAAGUACAGCCUCCUAGUUCCCAUGCAUGUCUCCAUCGGCAUGAGCGAGGCUCGGUUUAACCUGCGCGACUAUCCGCUGCCGUUCCUGCAUAUACCAGCCUUGAAGACGGGACAGUCGUCCAGGGUGCAGUCCGUCUUGCUCAAGGCCAACUUUGUCGUGGGCGAGGAGUUUCGAGGUGUCGAGUCGACUCGGCGGGUGAGGGUCAACGUGAUUCCCCCACGGAACGCCGACGCCGCCUCACCCAAUGACGGGGGCUUCGCCAUCGAGGUCCGGCGCACGAUUGGGCCCAUCAAGUCGUUUUCGGACGUGUACAUGGACAUCAAUACGGCCCUGCCAACCCGAAUCACGUGGGGCCCUUGCUACCAGCCCGCCGUCCAGGACAUGAUGAUGGUGGUGGAGUCCUUUACGAAGCCGCAGGUCGACCCGUCAGAGCGAGCAGGCUUCUGGGACAAGCUGAGGCUCAACACCCAUUCUCGCAUCCACUUGGCGUGGAAGGGGGGUGGCGACAUGCACCUGUCGCUCAAGGGCACCCGCGACCCGUAUCGGGUGACGGGCAACGGAGCGGGCUUCCUGAUGUGCUGGCGCAGUGACGUGAGGUGUAACAUCAACACCGAGGACGACGCGAAGCGUUUCAUGACGAUUGACAGCGGCGAGUAUAUCCUAGCCAUACCAGACUACAGCCACCUGAUCCGGGAAGCGGCGCGCCGACGCGAGGUCGACGAGGGCCUGCUGACGGAGGACAGCGUCAAGGCAGGCGCCAUGUUUAAAAAGGUAGUCAUGAAGCUCUCGGGCAAGGUUCAGUGGAUCACGGGCAUCAUGUUCGAACGCGCCAUCGAGGACGGCAAGCGGAGCUUCGACUUCAAGCCACACUACGAGGUUGUCCUGCGGAACCCCAUGUACGCAAAGUCGGAGGACGGACUGCCUUACGACGCCCUGCGGGGCUUCCGCAGCCGGCACAUCCACUUGUCCGUCGCGGUGCGUGCGCCUGCGGACCGUGACUGGAUGGCACAGAACCCCGAGCCGUCGAGGAGCUACAACUCGGUGCAUCUCACGCCUCGGUUCUUCACGCACUUUUUCGAGUGGUGGGGCCUCUUCAGCCAUCCCAUGUCGCUGCCGAUCCGUCAGGGUCCCCUCUUCCCCGGCCGCGAGAGGAACAGCAGGAAGUUUGGACGGCACAUGGCGACGGUCAAGUACAGCCUACUCCUGGCCCCCCUUUUCCUCAGCCACAUCUACAAGCACAAGGACGCUGAGGACUACUCGGAGCACGCCGUGUCGGCAACUGGUCUCAAGGUCCGGUUCGAUAGCUUCAUGCUCGAUCUUCACCAGCGAAGGGAGGAGUUCAACACGCUCGGCAAGGGCAAGAAUGCAUCCAACAGGACAUCCGGCAUCAAGGUCCACGCCGCACAGCUCGACCUCGUCAACGCGGACGUCCGAGCCGUCUCGGCUAGCCUCAAGGGCACGACGACGGAAGCAAUCAAAAAAGGGUCCACCACGAUGCUCAUAACCGAGCAGGACGAGAAGCCUGACCUGUCAAAGUUUACCAUUCCCGACAACGACUUUAGCUGGAUCGACAUGGACGACUUUGUCGAGCUGGACUGGAUUCUCCCGACGGAGCCUCACCCGGAGACCCAGAUCCUGCCCCUGGCCUUUGCCCCUCGGCUGACGUACUUUGGCCAGACGGACAUUGGCGGCACCAUUGCCGGGGAUCCCAUGCGGACGAGCCCCUUUGGUAACGAGCCGACACACUUUUGCAUCAUGACGCACGAUGACGAUCCCAAACGCGUCCAAGGCCAGCUGAUCCAGGAGCGGCUCGACCAGCUCGAGGUGCAGAUGCUGACGCAUUCGAGAAACGUGGGCGAGGCCGAGUUGAAGGCAGUGCAGACGGAUUCGCAGGAUCCCGAGAUCAUGGCGGACCUGGAAGCUCUGAGGAAGCACACUGGUGUGUUGAAAGAAAAGAAAGCGUCUCUGGAGAACAUGCUCGAGCAGAUGAACGCCCCGACGCCUGCAAACGGCGACGGCAAGCGAGGGUCGGCGAUGUCGGCCGAGAGCGACGGCGUGCUCGACAUACCCUCGGCAGCCGAGUUUGAGAGCGACUUCAAGAACCGCUUCGUUGUGCACAACAUGCAGCUCAAGUGGAACAACUUGCUGCGCAACAUUGUGCUUCGCUACAUUCACCAAAACGGGCAGCGGCGGGGCUUCAUCUACUACCUGUCCCGGCCGGCAGUCAAGUUCAUCCUGGACAUUGUGGAGGAGCAGAACAAGGCCAAGUCGAGCAAACCAGCCAGGGCAGCGUCGGUGGCGGGCACGGCGUCGCCUAGCCUGAGCACCGCGGAGAGGGACAGCAUCCACGACCUCGAGGACCGCAUCAAGAACAUCCUGGGCGAUAGGCGACGAGGCACAACGGGCGCCAGCUUCGCGGCCAACGCGGACGGCACGUGCACCUCGAUCGAGGACCUGGAGAGUGGCAUCUCCAAGGAGUUUAGCCCUCAGCACGGCUACCACGUGCGGCUGAUUGCGCCGCAGAUCCAACUGCAGAGCGACAAGAACAAGAAGCACGUGGUGCUGGUGACGGCCAAGGGCAUGGAGCUCAAGGUGCUGGAGGUCAUGGACAAGAAGCGGAUCUCGGACACUGUUAGCGGCCUGAAGUGGUUCCUGACCAACCUGGUGUCCAUGUACGCGGGCAGCAAAUACGGCACGCCCCGGGGCUCGUCGUGGCCACCCUGGGUGCCGAUGGAGGUCAUGUUUAACUUCACGGCGGACCCCUUUGGCUUCAAGCGCGUCGUGCAGAAGACGUCUGCCAUGCUGCGCUACGACAAGUACAACAACCUGCGUCUCAAGUACAACGACGAGGUAAACACGGACGAGGGGGCCAGCCUGACGUCGCCGGAGAGCACCGAGAGCCGCGCCGACAAUCUCUGGGUCGAGUUUCCCCAGGCGCGCGCGCUCUGCAACUCGUCGCAGUACUACGCAAUGUACGUCAUCGUGCUGGACCUUCUAAUGUACAGCGAGCCGCUGGAGAAGACGCGCAGCGAGCGCCUGGAGAAGAUAAUCCUCGCGUCCGACUUUAGCGACCUCAGCGGCGCGCCCCAGAUGGUGCAGCGGCUCCAGGAGCGCAUCAAGCAGCUCGAGGAGAUCAAGCAGCACUUCCAAAUCUACUCGAAGUACCUCGACAAGCGGGCGUGGGAGGACCGGCUAGCGCUGGAGCGCGACCUCGCGGCGUGCGAGGACGAACUCUUCUUCAUGAUGAAGGCCAUCACGACGUCCCAGCGCAAGUACGACAUUGACAGCGACACCAACGCGUUGCUCAAGUGGAGCAUCUCAGCUCGUGAGAUCGUGUGGCACCUGAUCCAAGACUCCAACGAGCCCUUGGUGGAGCUGCAGCUCAAGGACGUCGAGUACGACCGCACCGACAACUCGGACGGCUCGCACAUGAACCUGAUUCGCGUCGGCAAGGUGCUGGGCCUCAACUUGCUGCCGGACGCGACGUACCCGGAGAUCAUCGCGCCCUACUACGGAGACGAAAGGGCGUCGUCUGCGCCGGCCGCCGGGCAGCCGCAGCAGGACAGGGACAUGGUCCGCGUCUACUGGCACAUGCUGGAGGCGAUUGCGGGCAUACCCGUCAUGGACCGGUUCGAGGUCAACCUGUUUCCCGUCAAGGUGCAGCUGGAGCGCGAGGCGGGCAAACGGCUUUUCGACUACAUCUUCCCCGGUAUGGACGGGGACAAGGUGGCGACGGCGAGGAACCACUCGCCGUACAUGAUCAAGCAGGACAUGGUCGGGCUGGAGGAGGAGGACAGCGAGUCGCUGGCGAGCUCCAACAGCCGGCUCGGCACGCCGUCAACGGGCGACCGGGAGCCGGCAGGGUUCUCGACGAGGGCGGGGUCGCUGGAGCUGCGGCUGCGGCCGACGCUUUCGUCCAACGCGGUGCAGGAGCGCAGCCCGAAGAAGGCCCUCAGCGUCAACAGCGGCGAAGGCCACGGGUUCCGUCUGUUCCGCUCGGGAGGGACGGGGCGGACAAUGCUGUCCAAGAAAUCGUCGCACGACUCCCUUCGCGGCUCGGGAACGCCGCGGCCCGGGACCUCGAUCGGGCGGACGUCGACGGGCUUCUCGUCGCGGGACGGGCGCGAGCCGGACGGCAAGAAGGGGACGCGGUUCGGGCUGCGCGGCAAGGGGCAGGCGGACGACAAGCAGCAACAGCAGUCGGACGACCUGAGCAAGAUGAUUACGCGGGCGAGCAACUACAUGACGUUUGCGUACAUACGCAUGCCGUCAGUGGUGCUCUGCCUCAGCUACAAGGGCAAGGACCAGCGCAACUUUGAGGACGUGCACGACUUUGUCUUUAGGCUGCCGACGAUGGAGUGGCAGAACAAGACGUGGUCGAACCUGGACCUGGCGCUGGCGCUCAAGAAGGCCGUGGUCAAGGCGCUCAUCUCGCACACGGGGGCGAUAAUCGGCAACAAAAUCUCCAAGCACCGGCCCAACGCGGAGCAGCGCAGCAAGCUGAGGGAGCUGGCGAGCAGCUCGGUGCUCAUCUCGGCCAUGCCGGCGGCGCAGCACUACGCGGGCAGCGUCAACGACAGCGACGACUCGUCGAGCAUGUACGGGACGUCGCCCGUCGACUACUCGCGGUCGCCGCCGCAGUCGACGCGCGGCAGCACGCACAGCAGCAUCCCCGCGCCGCGAUCGUCGAGCCGCAGCAGCAGCGUGGCGAGCGGGCGGUCCCGGCGGACGGGCGGCGGGGGCGGGGGCCUAGUUGGCAACGUGCCGACAUACCUGACCAUGACGCCGCCCACGCCGGUGGAGGGGAGGGCGGAGAGCCAGGGACUGGGGCUGGACCUGCUACGGCCGUCGUCGAGCAGCAGCCCGGGGCCAUCGCACCGGCGGGCGCUGAGGAACGUGGGCGUGGCCGACAGUCGGCCGUCGACGAGCGCGGGCCAUCUCGAGACGGGAGACCGGCGGAGGACGACGGGGGGUGGAUUGAGGGACAAGCUCAGCGCGCUGACGCAUAGGAAGAGUCACCGCGAGGAUCACAGCGGCGGCGGGAGCAGCGGGUAG